AUGUCUUCCGAGAAGUGUGACCCGACUGAGAUUCACCAUGUCGACUACUCGAACACGCCUCGAAAGGCUGUUAUCAAUGCCCAAUUGAUAUUCGCCUGUACAGUCUUCGGAGCCGCCUCAUUCUUAUUUGGGUUCGAUGACAAGAUCAUCUCCCCUGUCGCUGCUUUGGUGCCCUUUGUCAAGAAGUUCCAGGGACCAAACCCGGUCACUGGCAAGUUCGUCCUGACAGCUCGCAACCAGAAUCUGGUCUUCUCCCUUCCAUUAGUAGGCUCCGUGAUCGGUGGUCUGGUUGCUUCACCGAUGAAUUAUCACCUCGGACGUAAAUGGCCGCUCAUGGCUGCAUAUGUUAUCUCCGUGGGUGGCGGAUUGCUGCAGGUCUUUGCGCCCAAUCUGGGGGCGUUUGUGGGAGGGCGUUCGAUCAAUGGAAUUGCAUUGGGAAUUGCGAACGCAACUGCACCCUUGUAUAUCUCCGAGGUCGUUCCCGCCUCUAUUCGCGGCCGAUGUGUGGCUUCCAUGAACAUCUUGAACCUGAUAGCCGGAGUGGUAUCCACUGUGGUGGUUUUCAGAACUGAAAAGAUGGACGGGAUCCAGUCGUAUCAGAUUCCGUUAGCUGUUCAGUGUGCCUUGCCCGUUCUUCUUCUCUUCCUCACAAUACCCAUUCCAGAGAGUCCGCAAUGGCUAGCUGGGAAAGGCAAGCUGAAGAAAGCCCGAGACAACCUGCGGAAACUACGUGGUUUUAGCGACGCAGAAGUCGAAGAUGAACUUCGUCUGGUGGUACUGUCCGAGCAGAAUUCAUGUGAGCUACGGGCUCAGACGAAGUUCUGGGAUAUAUUCCAACGUCACCAUCUCAAGCGAACCCUAACUGCAGCCUCCUUCUUCUCCUUGAAUCAGAUCUCAGGCGUCAUCCUGUCAACCACCUACACGACUGUCUUCCUAACAGAACUGGGCAUUGCAGAUCCAUUCUCGCUGACAAUUAUCGCAUCCUGUUGUACACUGGCCGGUACAAUUGCCGCCCCCUUCGUCGUCGACCGUGCUGGUCGACGUCCCACGGCAUUCGUCGGGAUGUCCAUUCUAUUCGUGAUUGACGCCGUGGCCGGUGGUCUAGCCUUCAGCAGAGACAAGCAGUCCACUUUGGCCAUCGCCAUCUUAUCCUUUGUGUUCAACUUCUUCUGGGCUUCUUCCUUCUACUCGUUGUCGAGUCUCAUGCCAUCCGAGAUGGCGACUCCCAAACUCCGCCACCACACCAUGUCCUAUACAAUUGCUUGUGCCCAAACCACGGCCGUUAUUACCACACUUGUCGUUCCGCAGUUGACCUCGGCGGAUGCGGCCAAUCUUGGCGCAAAGACCUAUCUCAUCUUCGCUGGCUGCAUGGCUGUCAUUCUUGUAUGCUUCUACUUCUUGCUGCCGGAGACUCGUGGCCGAACUUUUGCGGAGAUUGAUGAGAUGUAUGCGGCCAAGGUCCCUAUGUGGAAGUGGAGGUCUUAUGAGACCUCAUUGGAGGUAAGGCCGAGUGAGGCAAAGGGGUGA